AUGCACCGAAUCACUCCGAAUACCUCUACGUAUCAUUCGGCCUUGGGCGAUCCGCCAGCGACUGAGACGGCGACUGCAGUCACUCUCAAGCGGAAAUCUUCGACCCUGUCAAUGACGCCACCGGAGAACACCAAGUCAAAUCGACGCAACAGGCGGGGGCUUCUGGAGACGGAUUACUCCAAGUACAUUACAGAGGAAGAGAGUCGUGGAGAGGACAGAGCCUUGAGAAAGGUAGAUCGUCGUGAUCUCCAUAUAUGCGUCAUAUCCGGGCGCAAAGGUAGUCUCGAAAAUGUUUCAAUCCUCCCAAACAGCGUCAAUCCCGAUUCCGCCCAGCUAUCAAUUCUACGCAUGCUCUUAGGAGAAGAGUUUCAAGUUCGCAUCCGUGGCCUCUUGGAGCACUUGAACUGGCGGGAUGAGGACUGGAACAUCUUCACCCUCAACGGCCACCUGAGCAGCAUGUACGAGCUGGGCUUGAUCGGUUUUCGUCCCACCAAGAUAGUGCCCUGUGUCGACGAAAACGGGUGUCGAGCAAUCAGAGUCUACUUUGAGCUUCAUUUCCUCGGACCAACCGAGACCAACCUGAGCCUCGAAACUUUUCCUGCUUCCUACGCGUCCCUGGGGGAGAUGUGUACUCUGCAGGGCGAUUACAAAAACAAUAUGUCGAGAUAUACCGAGUUUGACGCAACUACGGGCGAGCGUAUCACGGAUGGUGCCGAGUUUAGCAUCCGACAUCCUAACCGCCGCUACGCCGAGAACAUGUUUGCCUGCCUCGCUCUCAGCUGGACCGCGCGAAUGGUUUUGUUCCUUGCGGGCGGAGCUGGCAACGCAGUUGUUGAUCUUGACGUCUUCCACAGAAAAGAAACUCUCUCGGCGGUUGUGGAUGUUGUCGGAUAUGCUCUCGCACGCAUUGAAGAAGGAAGAGAGACGAGAAAGAGAGAUCAGGCAAUGCUAAGUAGGAAGACGCAAAGAGACAAGGCUGCUCUAUAUUCAUCAAAGUCUGAACCCAAUUGCGGAAGACAUUUCAUUACGCUUGGUUUAAAAAAAAAGACCAACUCGAAAUCUCUCCUCCCUUCUAUCGCUGGUCGUAUCAACGUCAUAGCCGGUCGUGGCUCGGGGUUGAUCCAACCGAGUCGCACCUGA